AUGAAAGUUUUGCAGAGAACAUCUUCUAUAUGGGCCCGGCCUUCCUAUGUUUUAACGGGAAUAAGGGCAGAAACUACACGCGCCCGCGCUGUCCAUUCCUCAACUUUUAAGUCUGCCGUAGCGCAUCCGAUAAAUGUUCACGGGCCUCCCCCAAAAGCUCCAGUCCCAUCACCGGAGUAUAAUGAACGGAUUGAACGACGCAGGAAACAAUCGGAAUUGUUAAGACAAGACAAGGAUACAUUAGCGGCGAAAGGAGGAGCAGCAAGUCCUCUGCGAAAACGGUUCUGGAAAGAUGUCCACGUGAAAGAAGCAGCCGGUGAAGCGAACUCUAUAACUCUAAAGGGUUACCAGGUCCUUUUAGAUUCUCGACCGAUACGUACCCCGGCCAAAACUAUCCUGAAUAUACCACGUUCGAAACCUCAUCUUGCACACGCGAUAGCGCUCGAAUGGGACCAACUCGUGUCGGCUCAACAAGCUCUGAGACAUCACUUAAUCCCCUUGACUUCUCUCACUGCACGAGCUGAAGACAUUGUUCAACAGGACUCACGGGGCGAGAGUACUAUCCGAAACGAGAUUAUGCGAACAUUGAUGAGAUACCUUGACACCGAUACCCUUCUGAGCUGGGCACCGCAGAAAGGGCCCUACGACAUUGACAGCACAGAGGGAGCUGAAGAAGCUCCUAGAUCGCUCCGAGAUUUACAGAUCCGCACCGCUCAGCCGAUCAUCGGAUUUUUAACAACCGUCGUAUGGCCAGGGAUUGAAAUCAAACCCGUUCUCGAAGAAGAUAGCAUCCUGCCAGUUUCCCAACCCCAGAUGACGAAGGAGGUGAUUCGCGGAUGGAUCACCGGCCUUCCGGCAUAUGAAUUGGCGGGUUUAGAGAGAGCUGUCCUUGCCAGCAAGAGUUUGCUAAUCGGGGUGAGGCUCGUUGUCGAAUGGAGCGAGCAUUUCCGCGAUCUCCAGCCGGGGGGAAGGAGAACCUUUGGCAUUGAGAAAGCCGCCGAGGCAUCGAGUCUCGAGGUUAAAUGGCAGACCGAGCAAUGGGGGGAAGUUGAAGAUACACACGACGUGGAGAAGGAGGAUUUGAGGAGGCAGCUUGGGAGCGCUGUUCUCUUGGUUAGUGGGGAGCGGAGGUGA